AGGCUGAACCCGUGUGAUAUUUGUCCUCACAAAGCGAAGAGGCCACAACCCAACACGCUGAUAGAACUCUAAAGCAUCUCCAACAGCAGCAGCAAUGGGAAACAAGAACGGAGCUGUGUCCAAGGAGAUCCUGGAGGACCUGAAGCUCAACACCAAGUUCUCAGAGACUGAGAUCGUCCAGUGGUAUGAGAACUUCAAGAAGCAGUGUCCCACGGGCCGCAUCUCAAAAGAGGAGUUUCAGUCCAUCUACGGCAAGUUCUUCCCGGAGAGCGACGCCAACACGUACGCCCAGCACGUCUUCCGCUCCUUCGACACAAACGACGACGGCACGCUGGACUUCAAGGAGUACAUCAUUGCCCUCCACAUGACGUCAACAGGGAAGACCAUCCGGAAGCUGGAGUGGGCCUUCGCUCUGUUCGAUGUCGACAAGAACGGAUACAUCACCAAGUCAGAGGUCACAGAAAUCUGCACAGCGAUUUUCAAGCUGAUUCCAAAAGACGAAGUUCCCAAUUUACCCGACGAUGAAAACACAGCCGAGAAGAGGGCGGACAAACUGUGGGGUUACUUUGAGAAGGGUGAAAAUGACCGAGUCGCAGAGGGCGAGUUCAUCCAGGGAGUAAUGGACAAUGACGAGGCCCUUCGUUUGAUUCAGUAUCAGCCUACAAAAUAACCGCUCUGUCCAGCAGAUUUAUUGCAUACGUCUUCACUUCUGUCUCUUUUUUUCACUUUACCCUCCAUCCUGCAAACGCAAACACACCUGAGAGCACCUUCAGAACAUGGAAGCGCGUUGCAGAUGUGACGAUGACGGCCCAAACGCUCCAGUUCAGAUUUGAUUCAGAGUCUCUUGAGGGCUUUUUUUUAUAGCUUCUUGUUGCAUGUGCAUGAGUGCUGUCUGAGCUUUUUGCUGUGUGUGAAGAAAGUGCUAAAUCCCCCAAGACAUCAGGAUUGCAUCCCAGAUUGCUUGAACACUUCCUCCAAACUUUAUCCAAAAUACCAUCUCGCAUGAGGCCAACGUUAAUAUUCCCUGAUCAGUGUGUGACUGAACUGACUCUUUCACACAUUUACUUAAAUACAAUAAUGCAUUAUUUGCUUUUACUGCUAACUGUAGCUUCUUCAUUGAACCUGCCAUAGACGAGGCACAUUCAGUAUUUCUAAAACCUUCAAUGUUUAGUUUUUAACUUACUAAAAUAAAAUGUGUUUUAGCAUUUCAGUCACACAUUUUGAUAUUUGAUAUGUCAGGUUAGUUUUGUAAAAUUUUUUUCACUGGGUGUCCAAUGCUGGUCUUUACAUAUUCCAUCCUGGGAUUUUUCCUUUUUUAAUCCCUGGCCAGCGUGUAGCUCAUGGUGUUAUUGCAGUAAGUGCAGGAGGUAUCAAUCAUCCUUGUCUUAUUUUGUGUCCCUUAAAGGAUUUAAAACCUUCUCAUGACACAAUCCUACAUGUUUUUGUCCUAGUUAAGUGGUGAAUAUGGAGCUUAGAUUUGUUAAUGUGAAACAACAUGUAAAACAAAGUGUUGAUCUUGGAC